CGGUCGAGAAGCACUGGUGUAUGAGAGGAAAAUGUAUCGUCUCGGCCAACAGUCUAUCUCCAAGAUCGCCUUCGAUUUCAUUUUAUCCACUGUGCCACGGGAACGUUUUCACUUUACUAGACAGUACAAUAAAAGCUGGUCGUGUAUUGGCUGAUUUUUGAUCAAAUAUUUUAUAUUAAAUUGCACGAAAAUGCCAAGGAACAAGAAGAAGAAAGGCAAGGGGGGCCAGCAUGGAGCUGUGCAGCCUUUCAGUGAUGAGGACGCCUCCAUCGAGACACUCAGUCAUUGCAGCAGCUUCAGUGACGUCACAAGUGUAGCAGAUGAAGGUGGAGAGGCAAGUGAGGACACCGCCCAGGAGGAUUUCCAGUAUAAGCUGAAGGGGUUUAUAGACAGCACAGUGGAUAAGAGUGCCAAGACAAGACAGGGGGCUCUGGAUGGUCUCAAGACGGCAAUGGCCACUCGGAUCCUGUACGAGUUCAUCUCAGAGCGAAGGAUGACCAUCACAGACAGCAUUGAGCGUUGCCUCAAGAAAGGCAAAGGCGAAGAGCAGAGGGCGGCGGCGUCUUUGGCGUGCUUGCUGUGUAUUCAGUUGGGAUCGGGAAUCGAGAGCGAGGAGGUGUUCAAGACUCUAAAGCCCAUCUUCAAAAACAUCCUGGCAGAUGGGUCAGCUAACAUCCAAGCGAGACAAGCAGUGGCAACAAGUUUGGGGCUCUGUACGCUUGUUGCAGAGGAUGACUUCUUGGACGUGCAGGCGACCAUGGAGUGCUUCGAGAGCCUGUUCACCCGGUCCUACGCCCGGGCGGACGGAACCUGUCCUUCCAUCAGUCCGCAGAUGAGCCAGCUGCACGUCAACGCCCUGCUGUCCUGGGCCCUGCUGCUCACCAUCUGCUCGGUCAAUCAGCUCCAAAGCGUCCUGAAAACACACCUGCCCAGGCUGCAGCAGCUGCUAGAGAGCGACGAUGUCAACAUGAGGAUCGCUGCUGGGGAGACGAUCGCUUUGCUCUUCGAGCUAGCCAGGGACAUCGAUUCUGAAUUUGAGUUUGAUGAGUGGGAGGAACUGUGCAAUAAGCUGAACGCUUUAGCUACCGACUGCAACAAGCACCGAGCCAAGACCGACAAGAGGAAGCAGAGGUCUGUGUUCAGGGACGUACUAAAAGCUGUUGAGGAGGGGGACUUCCAAUCGGAGACGAUUCGCUUCGGAACCGAGCGCAUGACCAUCGACAGCUGGGUCAGAAAGAGGACCUAUGAUGCUUUCAGAGAGUUUGUGGGAUCUGGGAUGAACUACCACCUUCAGGCAAACGAGUUCAUCCGGGAUGUGUUUGAACUGGGACCGCCCAUUUUGGUCGAUUCAGCCACAAUGAAGGCCAUGAAAAUCUCUCGCUUUGAAAGGCAUCUCCACAACUCUGCUGCCUUCAAGGCUCGGACCAAGGCCAGAAGCAAGUUCAGAGACAAGAGGGUGGAUGUGGGAGAAUUCUGAGCUUUUUUUUUUGUUUCCACCAUUUGUUGAAUUUGUUUACUCUGUUAGGCCACUUUUAGAAGGAAUUCUAACAAAUAUUGUGUUCUUUAUUGACCGUCUGCUCUGAAAUUUGCAUCAAAUUCCCUCCUAUACAUUUAGAGUGUUUUCUGCUAGCUGACGUGCUUUAAUUUAUCAGUAAAACAUCUUGUUCAUCAUUAACUAAGGGGUCGAGGAUAUUUAAUAUUUAAAAAUGGAUUUUGGACAGGCGGGUGGUGUACAGUUGAGUGUUUUUGUCUUAUUGCUGUGUAUUCAUUUCUUCUUUUCCAGAAUAUUUUUGGUAACUUAAGGAAAAUUUGACUUUAGUCUUAUACUGUAAAAUUGGUAUCUACAUUAAAAUACAGACCUACCCUCUGAAUUUAUGUUACUCUCCUAAAUAAGUUGUCAUUAUUUAUGUUAAGUGAAUGGUGUCUUCGGUAGUGGUUAUAUAUUAAAGGGUGACAAAUUAAACAAAAAAAGAAAAAGUG